CAUUUUUAAUGGUGACUUACAACAACUAUUUUUUCUUUGCGCUGAAAUUUUUAUUCUUAAAAAGUUCUAAAAUCUAAAGUUGUACAACAUGAGAUCAUCGAACCAAUUUUGACACUGAGAAGGUUCUGAAUUGAUUGCAGAGAUAUCAACAAAUCCUAAACAUGUCUUGUACGCCUACGCCGAACCCAGCAUCGUGUGAUUUUACCAUCUUUGUCGACGGUAAGGAGUUUAAAAGCAACCGGGAGAUCCUGAGUUCCAAUUCAAAUUACUUCGACGCCUUGUUUAGAAGCAACAUGAAGGAGGCCAAAGAAGGGAGGGUGGAGCUACAUGGUAUGACAAGUGAGACUUUCGCUGUUGUGUUAAAUUUCAUCCACCAGCGUGUUCAUGGUCUGACGGCUAACAACAUUGAAGAGAUAUGGGAUGCAGCCAAUCGUCUGGAUAUAGCAAUAUAUCUUAACAAAAUAGAACAAUUUCUGAUUGAUAAGUUAUCCAUUGAUAACAUAUGGCACUUUUAUUUAAAAGGUGUCGAUUUCAAUUCGAAAAACAUCAAAGACGGUACACUAAAGUUUAUUAAGCGAAAUUACGAGCAUAUUUAUAAUAUGAAAGAGUUUCUGAAUUUACCUUUUCCCUUAGUGUUGUCUUGUAUUGAAGAUGACGAGUUGAAUGUCAGUACGGAAGACUCAGUUCUGGAGUCAAUAUUAACCUGGCUUUCACACGGAAAUUACAAACAAUGUGCUUGUAUGAAGCGUGAUUGUACGGAAAAGAGUAUCUUCAGUAAGGAUGAUGAACUCCAGAACAGUGAGGGUCACUCUCUUGCCGUCACUUCUUCUGUUGGCCAGAUUUAUGACUCAGGAUACGUAGCUGAGGCUGGCGAAACUGACAAGGCUGGGUAUAGCUUCAGAAAUUAUGGCCAGCACAAUGACGUCAAGAAUGAGGACCACACUGGUGACGUCACAAAAUGUAGCAGGACAGGCGAUAGAUUCAAUUAUCUCGCCAAACUCAUGUCUGGAGUAAAACUUACUUUAGCCUCAGAAAGUAACCUCAGGAGUUUACUGAAAAACCCCUAUGUUAGCCAAUGUCCAGAAGCCUAUCGAGGAAUACAAGAAGCCCUGAAAUACAAGUCGGGCGAGUAUCCUUUAGAGAGCGCCACAUUGACCCCUCUUAGAAAGUGCAGCGGAAAGAGAAAUGCCUUGGCGUUUCUGGAGACGAUUUCAGGAGGUCUGCACCUCUAUGAUUUGGAGAACAGAAGUUUUACUAAUCUCAAUCUCGAUUAUUUAAAGGGUCGAUACAGAAAAAUAAAGUCUGUUGUUUCACUUGGUGACAAACUUUGCUUCAUAUGCGAAAGGCACUUAAGAAACUGUCCUUUCGCUGAACACAAAUGCCGCCUCGUAACUGUCCUUUUGUUAGACGAGAAUAAAUCUAUAUCCAUAUUGUAUGAGUUGUGCGGGAAACACAAUUCGCUCUUUACUUUAUUCCGUGAAAAUAACAAGAUUGUUUGCGUCAAAACAAACGAUCGCUACGCCGCAACUAGAAGUCGCGUAGUGGAUCCAGGAUUGUUGAACACGUUAGUAUUAAACAUUAGUCGUGAUUGUAUUCCAACUUGUAUAUACGAAAAUGACAUUUUGAUGUUUCCGCUCGAAUUGUCUUCGUUCAAUUUACCAGUCAAAUUGUACAAUCUGGAAACGAAGUCCCUAACCACAACAAUAAUACACAAUGCUGGUGGAGAUUUUGUGAAGGCCUUUACUAUACACAAAGACAAAGAAACGUUUCUUUUACUCUCAAACGGAUUUUUGCUGUCAGUCAAGAGAGGUUCUGACAAGGCCGUAAAAUUUAUACCGGUAGUUCGUCUUUGGACUUUUGAUUGGUGGCUAAGUGGAGCUGUGUGCUUCAAAAACGAGCUGAAUUUGUUUAGUAGAGAAAGCAAUUUUCCACAUUUGACGUCCGUGCCGGGACUGUUUGACAAGAUCAAUGUCGUCGAGUUUGAUAAAGAGAUUUAUCUCAAAAAUAUGGUUCCUGUGAUAGUGCCGGUGUCUUGGUUCGGAUAAUCAGCGGUGAGGUUUUCGCAGUGCAUCUUUUAUCCCAUCGUCUGCUGUUACCAUUGUUUUGAAUAAAAGUCGUUAGUCAAUGAAAAUCAUCGUAUGCCGUCAAACACAAUAUGCUAAAAAAGAGUGAGAUUAACUGUAGUUCAGCGCAUCUUAUAACGUCAACUUUUGACCAACUAUAAUAUUCUAUUUCUUCGAUGUACAUGCUAUAGAAAACCCUUCUGCACAAUCAGCUACCUUGAUGUAAUUCCAUCUCAACGAAGACCAGCUAGUUCUAUUAUAACAUUUUACGUGUAUACAUCACUAUUUACACAUUAUCUUGUGUAUUUUAUUAUGAUUAUCACAUUUACGCAG